AUGAACCUCAUUCUCGUAGAUAUCCACGCCGAUAACCUGACCCAUGCCCAUUCGAUCCUGGGCGACACUCCGACGGCUAAGACGCUCACGCAUAUCAUGGAUGUCAGCUGGCUUCCUGGGAAUAUCUGUCGCGGAAAGUCGGAGAGAUGCGCGAACUUUAAGCCGAAAGUCCCGGGGAUGCCCUGGGAGGAUUCGGAGUAUUUCCAAAAGACAUUUUCCACCACCUUCAUGGGUGUCGUAAAUGUACUGUCUGUAUUCCUCCCAGUGGUUACCGCCUCAGCCGACGAGCCGCGAGCCAUCAUAAUUACCGGCUCAAAGCAAGGCAUUACGAAUCCGCCGGGAGGCAAAAUCCAGCAUACAACGCAAAACGUUUCUACACACCUUCUCAUUCCCGGGUGGACGUACACUUCCAUGGCGGGAAGCAGUGGUGUUUUGCCCGAUACCCAGAAACCAAAGGGUGCAUGGCUGCCUGAGCAGGUGGCAAGGUAUAUGUAUGACAAGAUGGGCAAGGGGGAAUUUUAUAUCAUUUGUCCCGACGACGAAGUCUCUGAGUCACUCGACCGGGCUAGAAUGGCAUGGGCAAUGGAGGAUGUUAUGGAACGCCGGCCACCGCUGUCAAGGUGGAAUGAUAUGUGGAAGGAUGUCGCGGCAGAAUGGAUCGAGAAGGAUUCGGCUUUGAGGAAGAAAGCCUGA